UGUUGUUGUUGUCCUGUGUAGUCCGGAAGUACAGAGUACCCCGCCCCGGUUGCAGUUGCAAGGCGCCCGCCAGUAUCCCAAGAUUCCGCUGUUUCUGCAAUGACCUCGCCGAUAACGGAGUCGGUAGUGUAAGCAGUGUUGUGUGCUCUCCUUGCAUGGUGGAUGAUGGCCGCUUCAAAGCCCGUUGAGCCGCAGUCCGGGAGCAGUCUCCCUCGCUGGCAGCUGGCCCUCCUGAUCGGAACCCCCAUAGUGCUGGGUGUAGGAGCUGUUUACCUGUGGAACCGCAGCAAGACGAAGGACUCACCGGGGAAACGGAAUGGGGAACGGACAACUCCAGAAGGCAGCGCGAGCCCCGUCCAGGGCCAAGACGGCGCAGCUAACCGAACCAGUCGCGAGCUGGAGGACAUGAGUCCUCUGGACCGGGCCCAGGGUGCUAAGAACAAGGGUAACAAGUACUUCAAAGCUGGGAAGUAUGAGCAGGCCAUCCAGUGUUACACAGAGGCCAUCGGUCUGUGUCCUAGAGACAACCAGACAGACCUGUCCACCUUCUACCAGAACAGAGCUGCUGCCUACGAACAGCAGAUGAUGUGGACAGAGGUGGUGCAGGACUGUACCCAGGCUGUAGAGAUGAACCCACGCUACAUCAAGGCCCUGUUCAGGAGGGCAAAGGCCCUGGAGAGACUGGACAACAAGAAGGAGUGCCUGGAAGAUGUGACGGCGGUGUGUAUCCUGGAGGCCUUCCAGAACCAGCAGAGUAUGCUGCUAGCAGACAAAGUCCUCAAACUGCUGGGGAAGGAGAAGGCCAAAGACAAAUACAAGAACCGUGACCCCCUGAUGCCUUCUCCUCAGUUCAUCAAGUCCUACUUCAGCUCCUUCACCGAUGACAUAAUCAGCCAGCCGCUCCAGAAGGGCGAGAAGAAGGACGAGGACAAGGACAACGAGGGCGAGGCCGCAGAGGUCACAGAAAGUUCUGGUUAUCUGAAGGCCAAGCAGUAUAUGGAGGAGGAGAACUAUGAUAAGAUCAUCAGUGAGUGCACUAAGGAGGUGGAUUCAGGGGGCCGGUACACUGCUGAGGCAUUGUUGCUACGGGCAACCUUCUACCUCCUGAUUGGCAACGCCACCGGCGCCCAGCCCGACCUGGACCGGGUCAUCAACAUGGAGGACGCCAACAUCAAGCUGAGGGCCAAUGCUCUGAUCAAGCGUGGCAGUAUGUACAUGCAGCAGCAGCAGCCUAUGAUGUCAACACAGGACUUCAACAUGGCCGCUGAGAUCGACACGCGCAACGCAGACGUCUACCACCACCGGGGACAGUUGAAGAUCCUUCUGGACCAGGUGGAGGAGGCCGUCGGAGACUUUGAUGAGUGCAUCCUGCUCAGACCUGACUCUGCUCUGGCACAGGCUCAGAAAUGUUUCGCCCUGUACAGACAGGCGUACACUGGCAACAGCCAGUCCCAGGUGCAGACGGCCAUGGACGGCUUUGAGGACGUCAUCAGGAGGUUCCCUAAGUGUGCCGAGGGGUACGCUCUGUACGCUCAGGCGUUGACUGACCAGCAGCAGUUUGGCAAGGCAGAUCAGAUGUACAACAAGUGUAUUGACCUGGAGCCUGAUAACGCUACAACAUACGUCCACAAGGGGUUGUUGCAGCUCCAGUGGAAGCAGGACUUGGACCUCGGCCUGGACCUCAUCAGCAAGGCCAUCGAGAUUGACAACAAAUGUGACUUUGCCUACGAAACCAUGGGAACUAUCGAAGUUCAAAGGGGCAACCUGGACAAGGCAAUAGACAUGUUCAACAAGGCCAUCAACCUGGCCAAGUCCGAGAUGGAGAUGGCACACCUCUACUCACUGUGUGACGCAGCAUACGCCCAGACUGAGGUAGCCAGGAAGUAUGGGCUGAAGCCACCCACACUGUAACUACCCUGUCACAUGACCCAAGACCCUCCCACUCUCCACUGCUGAACCUGAUUGUAUUAUAACUGCAGAUGUUUCAGUCAUUUGGUUUUGUAGACAUACUGGAUAAAUAAAAAAGAGAAACUUGAUCUGUGACCAAAUAUCAGCAUUUCCCAAACUCUGUCCGGGGGGGGGGGGGGGCAGGCAGAGUUUGGGAAACGCUGCACUACAUGAUCAUGUUUACGUCACGUUGAAUCGAGCUGUAACAAAGGAGAGGCUUUACUGUUCACAACCAAGGCCAGAACCCAAACAUCUGGUAAUUAAUGGUCUUAACCCACACACCCCUCUUCAUCAAGGCCCUUAGUUUGACCCACACACCCCUCUGUUUCUUGGUACUUAGUUUAACCCAGGUCACCAACCCUUAUGAUCCUUCCUGUACCUCACUGUCUGGUCUGUUAUCAGAAACAUGUGAAUGGCCAUGUGAAACCAGGUAUCUACCCAGAAAUAAUUCAACCUUCUAAAAUCAAAAGGGAGAUUCUUUCAAUAGACUUCUCAUUCUCAUUGACUAAUCCAUAUUCGGAAGUAUUUAAGAUGAUUAACGUUGUAUGUUGCCUGCACACUGAGAACGGAAUAGAGUUCCAAUGGACUGUUCAUUUGUUUGUUACUGUUCUCUACCACGUUUCUGUCCAGGCACUUCCAUAUCCUCAAGAUGAUGUAACAUUAUCGAAUGGCUAAUUAAAUGAAGGAUUAAAAUGUUAGUCAAAUGUGUGUGUAUAAUGAUGGAUGUCUGUGUUUGGUGUAAUGCUGGAGUUGACGAUGUGUGGGAUAAGGGUCCUAAAGUAGUGUGGGAUAAGGGUCCUAAAGUAGUGUGGGAUAAGGGUCCUAAAGUAGUGUGGGAUAAGGGUCCUAAAGUAGUGUGGGAUAAGGGUCCUAAAGUAGUGUGGGAUAAGGGUCCUAAAGUAGUGUGGGAUAAGGGUGAAUUUAGGGUCCUAAAGUAGUGUGGGAUAAGGGUGAAUUUAGGGUCCUAAAGUAGUGUGGGAUAAGGGUCCUGAAGUAGUGUGGGAUAAGGGUCCUAAAGUAGUGUGGGAUAAGGGUCCUAAAGUAGUGUGGGAUAAGGGUCCUAAAGUAGUGUGGGAUAAGGGUCCUAAAGUAGUGUGGGAUAAGGGUCCUAAAGUAGUGUGGGAUAAGGGUGAAUUUAGGGUCCUAAAGUAGUGUGGGAUACGGGUGAAUUUAGGGUCCUAAAGUAGUGUGGGAUAAGGGUGGAGUUAGGGUCCUAAAGUAGUGUGGGAUAAGGGUGGAGUUAGGGUCCUAAAGUAGUGUGGGAUAAGGGUGAAUUUAGGGUCCUAAAGUAGUGUGGGAUAAGGGAGAAGUUAGGGUCCUAAUGUAGUGUGGGAUAAGGGUGGAGUUAGGGUCCUUAAGUAGUGUGGGAUAAGGGUCCUAAAGUAGUGUGGGAUAAGGGUGAAUUUAGGGUCCUAAAAUAGUGUGGGAUAAGGGAGAAGUUAGGGUCCUUAAGUAGUGUGGGAUACGGGAGAAGUUAGGGUCCUAAAGUAGUGUGGGAUAAGGGAGAAGUUAGGGUCCUAAAGUAGUGUGGGAUAAGGGAGAAGUUAGGGUCCUAAAGUAGUGUGGGAUAAGGGUCCUAAAGUAGUGUGGGAUAAGGGAGAAGUUAGGGUCCUAAAAUAGUGUGGGAUACGGGUGGAGUUGGGGUCCUAAAGUAGUGUUUAAUUUGAGGGGAUUGCCUGUUUUUUCUAUAUUCCGUACAGCAUGUGAUAUUUCUCUAAGUAAAUGUUGAUGCUGAAGUCAUCUGGCCAUGUUGGAAAUGCUGACGUGAACAUUUAGACCUGAAGUUAUUCAUGGCCUGAUUCAGAAUAAUUCUCAAUGUACCGCUUUUAUUUUUAUGUGGUUGUUUCCCCAACUUGUAGAUUCAGAAAAUGUCAGAAGGGACAAUUAUUUUAAAUCUGUUUUCAUGCUGUCGUAUAUUGCAGAGGGCAGGUAUGCCAUCAUAUGUAGUGGAUCUGUGGAUGUUUGAGGCAGUGCCACAGAAUAAAACAUGUGACUAUGUUGGGAAACAGCACUGACAUUCUUCCCACACAGAGAUGUAUCAUGACCAAAGUCAGAGAGAGGACAUGGAAAAUAAAGAUGGAACUGACACGUUAUUUGAAUCCUUGGUAACAUAUCAUUCUUAUAUAGUUGUUUAUUUUCUUUUUCCCCGUUUUGAAUAAAGGGUGAAUUAAAA